AUGGGUGAGCCAGGAAUAAUUAAGAAAUUAGAUGAAGACGUUGUUAAUCGCAUAGCGGCCGGCGAAAUAGUGCAGAGACCCGCGAACGCUUUAAAAGAAUUGAUUGAAAAUAGUUUAGAUGCUAAGGCUACAAAUAUAAUUAUAACAGUAAAAGCAGGAGGUUUAAAGUAUUUACAAAUACAAGACAAUGGAACUGGCAUUAGACAUGAAGAUCUAAGUAUUGUAUGUGAACGGUUCACUACAUCUAAAUUACGGGAAUAUGAAGAUUUACAAGCCAUUAGUACAUAUGGUUUCCGAGGCGAAGCUUUGGCUAGUAUCAGCCAUAUUGCCCAUCUUACUAUUCUUACAAAAACAGCUGACAGUAAAUGUGCUUUUAAAGCAACAUAUGAAAAUAGCAAGCUGAAAGGUUCACCAAAGGCCUGUGCCGGAAAUAAUGGCACACAGAUAACUGUUGAAGAUCUAUUUUACAAUGUAAUUGCUAGGAAACGGGCUCUCCGCAGUGCCAAUGAGGAAUAUACACAUAUAAUGGAGGUGGUUGGCGGAUAUGCUAUACAUAACAGCCAUGUUGGUUUCACUUUGAAGAAAUUUGGAGAAAAUACAGACAUUAAGACACAGAUUAAUUCAUCUGUUAUAGAAAAUGUUAGAAUUAUCCACGGCAAUUCAAUAGCUCGAGAACUUCUAGAGAUUGAAGUAAAAGACGAAACAUUGAAGAUGUCUGUACACGGCUUUAUAACAAAUGUGAACUAUUCUAACAAAAAGGGCGCCCUGUUGUUAUUCAUUAACCAUAGACUGGUAGAUUGUGUUUCUAUCAGGAAAGCAAUUGAUGCGGUAUAUUCUACAUAUCUACCGAAGAACGCGCAUUCGUUUGUAUAUAUAAGUAUAGAAUUAGAUCCUCGUAAUGUUGACGUUAACGUCCACCCGACGAAACACGAGGUACAAUUUCUGUAUGAAGAACAGAUUAUAGACAAAAUCAAGACGUGUGUUGAAAGCAAACUACUCAGCUGUAACUCGUCACGAGUUAUGUACACGCAGGCGCGGCUACCCGGCGCUACAGCAGUUGAAGAAAUAAUAAAGAAGACAACAGAUGGUGCUAAAAUGUACGCAAAAGACCUGGUCAGAGUCAACGCUGAUACGCAAAAGAUUAAUAAAUUCUUUCAAAUCGCUGAUAAAAAUUCACCUGUAGACAAAAAAGCUGCUACCAAAACUGACGAAGAAGAAAAAGAAAGGAAUGUGGUGAUGGAUGUAGAUAACAAUGAAAGUGAAGUAAUUGGACCGAACAAAGUUGCCGGUGAAGAAACAGAACUGCAUAAUGAUAUAAAUGGUGAAGCUGCCAAACUACCUGGCGUGAUUAAUGAAAUAGAUGAUGAACUGGAAAAUUCGAUAGAAAUGGAACCAAAAGCAAGACAAGAGAAAUGGAGAGACCAUGUUAAUGUGGAUAAAGGAAACUUAAGUUAUAUAGAUCCAAAGGAAUCGUUUAAAACGAGGAAGUUUGUAUAUGAGAGGGUAGAAACGAAAUUGACGAGUGUCAGGCAAUUGCGGGUAGCUAUUGAAGAAAAAGUUAACAACAAUUUGAGGGAGAUUUUAGCGAAUUUGAUAUUUAUAGCGUGCAUAGAUUGUCACAAAUCGUUAAUACAACAUUCUACUAAGUUAUAUUUGUGCAAUACUACAAGGAUGGCUGAAGAAUUGUUCUAUGAAACUAUCUUGUACGACUUUCAAAACUUCGGGCUUAUAAAACUGUCGAACCCGUUGCCGUUAGAGGAACUACUUGUUUUAGGGUUGAACACACCAGAAGCUGAUAGUGAUGUAAUGAAGGAAGUUGGUGACCUGCGUGAAAUGGCAAAAGAAAUGACGAAAUUUCUAACCAGUAAAAGGGCCAUGCUGCUGGAGUAUUUCUCUUUAGAGAUGAACGCUGAAGGGGAACUGUUGGCGCUGCCUUUACUCCUUGAUGGCCACACGCCGUUUAUGGGCGCGUUACCGACGUAUCUAGUACGUUUGGUGACCGAAGUCAACUGGGACGCAGAGAAGGAAUGUUUCGACUCAUUUAGUAGGCAAACGGCGAUAUUCUAUUCCCAGCCGAACCCGGACGAUAACGAGAACGUGAUGAAAGCGGAACAAUGGAAACAGGAACACAUAAUUUUUCCAGCGAUAAGACGAUACUUUCUACCGCCCAGCAGUUUUGUGGACUCUGGGGCGAUAUUGCAAAUCGCUAAUCUCAGUGAUCUGUAUAAAGUGUUUGAAAGAUGUUAG